AUGGGUGCUCAGCUCUCUUUAUUAGUUCAAACAUCUCCUUCUAUUGCCAUAUUUUCUUAUAUCGAUGUAUUAGAAGAUAUUCAUUACAUUAAUCAAUUAAACUCUUCAAGAUUUUUAAAAACAUGUAAAGCAAUUGAUGCUAAUGGUGAAAUUAUAAUUAAAGUCUUUAUUAAGCCUACAGACAAUUAUUCUUUACAAUUAAUUAAAAAUGCAUUAACUGAAGAAGCUCGGUUAUUAGCUCCUCUCCCUAAUGUUUUAAAUUAUUCUAACAUUAUUGAAACAAACCGAGCUGGUUAUCUAAUAAGACAAUGCGUAAAGAAUAAUCUCUAUGACCGAGUUAGUUCUAGACCAUACCUUCAAGGAAUUGAGCUAAAAUUUAUUACUUUCCAACUUUUAAAAAUAUUACAAAACAUUCAUGAAUUAGGGAUAAUACAUGGUGAUAUUAAAACAGAAAAUAUCUUAACUACUAGUUGGAAUUGGUUAUUACUUACAGACUUCUCUGCAUCUUUAAAGCCAGUAUAUAUCCCUGAGGACAACCCAGGGGAAUUUUCAUUUUAUUUUGAUACUUCGAAAAGGAGAACUUGUUAUAUAGCUCCUGAACGUUUUGAUACAAAAUUAUACGAUCCAAAAAAUUCACUAAAACAUCAACUUAAACCAGAAAUGGAUGUAUUCAGUGCUGGUUGUUGUAUUGCAGAAUUGUACAAUGAGGGCACACCUAUUUUUAAUCUUUCUGAAUUAUUCAAAUAUAAAAAUAACGAAUAUGACAUUCGUGAAUUUUUAAAAACUCAAAUUGAAGAUGAAGAGUUAAUAAACUUAAUAAUGGAUAUGAUAGAUAUUAACCCUUCAAAAAGACUGAAAAUUGGUGAACUAUUAGAAAAAUAUAGAGGAGUAUUCUUUCCUGAUUAUUUUUAUACAUUCACUUAUGAUUAUUUUAGAACACUUGCAAUGAUUUCUACUAGUACUCCGAGAACAGGUGAUAUUUGUUCAAAUUCAGGGGUUAAAGAUCAAGUAAAUGUAAUGGAUAUAUGCUGUGAAAAUAUAUACUUCAAUUUUCAAAAAAUAUGUGUAUCAUUUGGUUAUGAACUACAAGCUGAAGUUGAACACGGAAUACCAAAAAUUAAUUUCGAAAGAUAUUUAAUAGCCUCUUUAAAAAUAUCCAAUUUACCCCCAAUACCUUUAAUAAAAUUUAACCAGUUAUCAGAUGUAGUAAAAGAGGAAUGCGCUCUUUUGCUAAUCUCAUUUUUAUGUCAUUGUCUUCGAAAUGUAGUAUCAUUGUCUGUUAAAACGAAAUGUAUAGAACUUCUCAUUGUUUUCUCUCAAUUUGUUUCAGAUGAUAAUAAGAUAAAUAGAGUAGUUCCAUUCCUUGUUGCCUGUUUCUCAGAUGAUAAUAUCAAUAUUCAAACUCUCUCAAUAAAUGGAUUAUCACAAGUUUUAUCUGUAGUUGAACAUGUUAGCUUAAUUAAUGAAAACAUAUUUAUGGAUUAUAUUUUUCCAAGAUUAAAGAAAUUGCUCAUGGUGAGUAAGAAACACACAUACGUUAGAGCAGUGAUUGCUAAUUGUUUGGGUGAUUUGGUUACAACCUCGAAUAGGUUCCAAGAAUUAUUGUUUUUUAAUUAUUCUUCAAAUCUGGAGGAUAAUAAGCAAAAAAGAGGUAUGGAAAACAUUGAAAUUACGAACAACUACUCUCGGAAACUAACAAAACAGGUAGAAGAACUUUGUGUUGCGUUAUUAACUGAUAAUAAAAAAUCUGUAAGAUUCUCUUUGCUAUGCAAUAUUUUGCCUCUGUGUAAAUUUUUUGGCCGUGAAAAGACUAAUGAUGUUAUAUUAAGCCACUUAAUUACUUAUUUGAACGAUCGUGAUCCAGCACUACGAAUUAAACUGAUUCAAACGAUAUCUGGGAUAGCAGUUUUGCUGGGUCCAAUUACUCUAGAACAAUAUAUCUUACCAUUAUUGAUACAAACAAUCUACGAUACAGAAGAGUUAGUUGUUGUCUCAGUUUUGCGUAGCAUUCGAGAUUUAAUUGACAUUGGUUUAAUUGGCAAAAAAUAUUAUUUUGAUUUAUGUUCUACAAUCUCAACAUUAUUACUACACCCAAAUACAUGGAUAAGACAACUUUCUUUACUAGUUAUAGUUAAAAUUGCGGAAAAAUUAUCAAAUGCAGAAGCAUAUUGCAUUUUGUAUCCAAUUAUUAGAUUGUUUUUUGAAUUUGAUAUUGAAUUUACGAAAGACUUACUGCUUUCAAGUUGCAAGCAACCUGUUUCAAGAUCUGUCUAUCGUCUACUAUGUAGUUGGUCACUGCGGGCAACUAAAAGUUUAUUUUGGCAACAAAUACCUAAUAAACAUGUCGAUGCAUUUGGUAGUAAUAUAAUUUCUUUUACAACGAAAGAUUAUUCAAUUAAAAAUUAUGGUUUUAAAAAUUCAACAAAAGCUUCUAAUGCAGUUAUUAUAUCAUUCGAUAAUCAAGAAAUUCCAUUAACUGCAGAAGAUAGAAAUUGGAUAGAUAGAUUUAAGGCUAUAGGAUUCCCCAAAGAGGAGCUUUGGAAAUUAGCUAUACUAAGAGGUUACGUUCUAAGAACUGUUAAAAGAGAAAGCAAUGCUUUAAAAAGUAUGGAUGAACUUGAGACUAAAAAUAUAAUUUCGACAACUUCACUUCCAAAUAUCAGACCAUAUAAUAUAUUUUUUGAUGUGGAGUACUUAGACAAUAAACCAGACAAUAUGAACAUGUCGAGAAAUUUAGAACUACCAAAUGGAUAUUCAACAUUGUUAUCAACAACAUCAAAUCAAUCAGCAGUUCGAGAUUUAAAUGGUUCGUUAGUAUUUAAGGCUAAAACUACACCAACAUUAACUUCUAAUCUCGAAAACGUAUACGUUCAAUUGGAACCUUCCUUUGAUCAUAAUGCGCUAUAUCAUGAAAUACCAGAAACUACGGAACCUAGUGCAAGAUUUUCGAUAAGAAACAGUUACGAAGGGGAUAUUCAUACUAUUAAAACAUAUUUAGAAAAUUUCCACAUAUCCUAUUCUUUAAAAGAUUAUAAAGAAUUUGGCCCACAUAUUAGUUCACAUAAUAACAGAAAUAUCUUAGGUAAACUAAAUGGUCGACUAAUGUCAAAUUUAAUUGAAAAUGAAAAUGAUUCAAUUUCAUCUAUCUUAGUAUCCAAUGGCACUGUACCGUAUUUAAUAAGUGGAUCUAGUGAGGGCUUAAUUAGAUUAUGGGAUAUUAAAGAUAUUGUUAUGGGCGAAAAAUUUUCCUCCAGUUUAAUGUUAGACUGCAGUUCACCAAUAACUGAUUUAGCAUUUAUACCAGGUCAUGAUUGUUUUGCAAUGUCUACUAAAGAUGGGUCUAUCAUUAUUAUGAGGGUAUUUUUCCAAAUAAAUGAAAAUAAGUGUCAUUUCCAAACGUUUAAGAUCAUUCGAAAACUAAGUUUAAAUACAGAAACUAAAGAAAUUGCUUUACAGAUCAAGAUAUUUGUUUCAGACGAGAGCCCCCUACUUUUUGUUAUAACAAACCUUUCAAGAAUUUUAGUGAUAAAUAUUUUAACUAUGGAAAUCAUCGAUACAAUUGAAGCACCUGGUAUUCAUGGUGCAAUUUGUUCAUUUACAGUUACAGAUGAUCAAUCCACAUUAAUUUUCGGUACCUCUAAGGGAAUUGUAAUAGUAUGGGAUCUAAGGUUCCAUAUUCUUAUUAAUUCUUUUACUUUUGGAAACAAUGCACCAAUUUCAAAAUUAGAAAUAUUCAAGCAUGCAGGGAAACAUGCUGUAUUAAUUGUAGGGGGUUAUUCAGAAUCAUUUUUUUCCAUUUGGGAUUUUUCAAAACUUCAAUGUCAAAUAGCCGUAAUCGAUUCAGAUGAGCAACCAUCGAUUGAAUUAUUUGUUGCCAAAGAUAAAGGUAUUAAUAAACUUCCCUUAAACACCAAAUUACCACUAAGCAAAGUUACCACUUUAUAUAUAGAAGAAAAUAGAAUUGCAUUUGCUGUUAGGCCAGGAAAUAAUAUUCUACUUUUUGAUGUGGAUAAUAUCUCAGCUUCCAAAGACCUUUCUAACAGAACAUAUCAAACAAGAUACAAAUUUUUGCCUUACAAAGCUACAGCUAACUUAACCUUUGUAUUACAUACUUCGAAAGGUGUUCACCAUAGCAGUUCAAUGGAUGACUCUUGUCAUUAUGACACAAUAAACUCUAUAGUUCUAUGCAAGACUGAUGGAUCUAAUAUUUUGAUAUCUGCUGACAAUGCAGGUAUUAUCAACUUUCUGUCCUAA